AUGGCUGUCAUUCUACUCCAAGCAGGCACAGUGCUAGCCCACGAAGGCGACCGUAUCAAGGUUCUCCGUGACCAUGAUAUUCUCAUUGUUGGGAAUCAGAUAGAAGAUAUCGGCCAAGGGCUCACUCUGCCUGAUGAAUGCGGCGCGAGGGUCAUUGACUGCCAAGGCAAGAUUAUUUCGCCCGGCUUUAUCGACACGCAUCACCAUCUAUGGCAGUCACAGAUGAGAGGCCGCUUUGGCAACAUGAAGUUCAUGGACUACAUGGUUGCAGGUAACAUGCAGUCGUUCAACUACACACCGGAGGAUAUUUUUUGGGGCCAGCUUGCAGGGUGCCAAGAGAGCAUUCAUGCUGGAGUGACUACUGUUGUGGAUCAUGCGCAUUUGACAUACUCUCCUGAGCAUGCAACCGAAGCCAUACGCGCAUCGGCAUCCUCUGGACUGCGGACCUUUUUCUGCUACACGCCCAUCUGGCGGAUCAAGAACUGGGCAUCUGAUGCUGCUAUUGAGUUUGACGAGGAUCUGCUACCAGAAUGGUGGCUAUCGACACUCGAUAUCCUCGCGAGGACCGCGCCCUUUGGAGAAGGUCGGGUUCGUCUGGGAUUGGGAUUCGAUUUUUUCAAACUCCCGAAAGAGACAGUGCAAAAUCUCUGGGCUAAAUGUCGCGCGCUUGGUAUAAACCUUUUUACGACGCAUUAUGUGGCUAAUUAUAUGAAGAGUGCGCUGAUUCCCUCCAUCAUUCUUGUCAAAUACCUAAAUGUUCCGAUAUGCUCACAGAUAUUUUUAGACUCCGUUUCCCUGCUCAAGGAAUACGACCUUCUCAACAGUACAAUCCUUUUCUCUCAUAUCAAUGGGAUCGCCGAGUCGGACGCUCAAACCCUUCUCGCGCACGGGGCACACUUCUCAUCGACCCCAGAAACAGAACUCCAAAUGGGCCUUGGUGAGCCUGUUGCAUUCAAUCCAGACUUGAGCUCAAACGCGUCAAUUGGGAUUGACUGUCACUCAAAUAACUCGAGUGAUAUCCUCACGCAGCUCCGACUUGGUAUGCAGCACGCGCGUGGAGUGCAGAAUGUGCAAGCGAUCAAAAAUGGAGAGUAUCCCAGUGUCACUAUCAAAGUCGAGGAAAUGUUUAAUCUUGGUACAAUCCAGGGAGCCCGUGCUGUGAAUAUGGCUGACAAAAUUGGGAGUAUCGAGGUGGGUAAAUUAGCUGAUAUUGUGAUUUUUGAUGCGAGUUCGCCAGGUAUGGUCUGUGCAGCUGAGGAGGAUCCGCUCGCUGCGGUGUUGCUGCAUGCGAAUGUGGGGGAUAUUGAAGUCGUGAUUGUUGACGGCGUCGUAAGAAAGGAAUGCGGAGAGUUGGUUGACGUACAACUCCUCAGUGACAUUCAUGGAACGCCCGGCGAGAUGGUUCAUCAGAGGGAUAUUUCAAAGCGUCUCUUGGAGAGCCGAGAAAGGAUUAUUGAGCGGGGAAGGGGGCAAGAUGCCGGGAGAGGAAUGGAGUUUCUGUAUAAGACCUUCGGUUGA